CAGCCCCUUCCACUCCCUCACCUCCAACCUCCCUUCCUCCUCUUCGCCUUCGGCCCCUCACCCAGCCGUCCCGCCCGCCCGCCCACCCUCCCCGCUCUACAGGCCUCCGCCGCCUCACCCUCUUCCUCACCUGCUUCCAAUCUCGGGCCGCGCAUGGCCGGCCCGGCCGCGGCAGGCGGCGGGAAGGGGCCAGGAGGGGUCAAGGUUGGCGGGACCGGGACCGGGACCGGGGGCGGGGGCCCCGCCUUCGUGGGGCAGGUCUUCACCAUGCUCGACCCCUCCGGGAACGGCCUCAUGGCCGUCACCAAACGCUUCCACCUCCCGCACUUCAUAGCCGACAGGACUCCUGCAUGGUUCAAAAGGAUAUUGUCACCAUUGAAGAAGAGUGAAAGUGAUCCAGUGUUUAGGUUUUUCAUGGAUCUUAAUGAUUCAGUGUCCUAUGUUAAGCGGCUAAAUGUCCCAAGUGGUAUGGUGGGGGCCUGUCGCCUUGAUGUAGCAUACGAACAUUUCAAGGAAAAACCUCACAUGUUCCAGUUUGUUCCAAAUGAAAAGCAGGUCAAGGCUGCCAAUAAGCUGUUAAAGUCAAUUCCACAAAGGAGCAGAAGGAAAAAACUAGAUGGCGUUCCUGUUUUUAGCGCUCAAAAUUUAAACAUUGCAGUGGCAACGAAUGAUGGAAUUAGAUGGUAUUCACCAUACUUUUUUGAUAAAAACAUGUUAGACAAUAUUCUUGAAGCUUCAAUGGAUCAGCAUUUCCAUUCAAUGAUUCAAAAUCGCCAUGUACAGCGUAGAAGAGACAUUGGUGAUGACAGUUUAACAUCAGAAAUACUUGAAGAAAGUGCAGAUAGCUUCUUUGAGCCCCCCGAGGUGAAAGAAUUGAUGAAUGAAAUCGGUCCAGCUGGAAUACCAUUAAAUAUUGUAACAAAAGCUGCCGAGAUCCAGUUUCUUGAUGUUGUUGAUAAACUACUUCUAGGAAAUAAGUGGCUCAGAAGAGCUACUGGCAUACAACCACAUUUUCCCUAUGUUGUUGACUCAUUUGAAGAAAGGACUGCUGUUUCCGCUGACAGGAUUGAUAUCACUAGUAAUAGUUCAACUACUGCUAAGGAUGCUGACUGCUGCUCAAUUAAUCAGCAAUCUCAAUCUAUGGAGCCAAACCUUGAUAGUGGCAGCCACAGAAAACACAGUAGCCAAGACCAUGGCCAAUCUCACUUCCCAUUUAGCAACCUACUUCCUAAUAUAUGGCCAGGGCAUGAUAGAGCGUUCAAACAGCGAGAAAAUGACAGAAGAUCCAGAAGAUAUGAUGACAGCAUGAACAAUGAUUUGCAACCAAACCCUCUUCUCCCCAAAAUCACCAUGGUUGGCAUCUCAAUGAGCGAAGGGGGACAGAUGAGCAAAGCCAACUUAAAGAAAACAAUGGAUGACUUGACAAAAGAGUUGGAGCAAGCAGGCGAAAAGCCGGUCUCCAACGUUGAAAAAGAUCCUCUGUUCGUUGCCAACGUUGGUGAUUACUCUAGGAUAACAAAGAUUAGCUCUACAUGAGAUUCAUUCUUGCAAAGCAGGAGAGUGAGCACCAUCCUGCCCUUCUCAUGAAGGACUUCUGAUCCACCUUACGUCUUACGCAUCCAGUUGGGUCUCCAUGUUGUGCAUACUUGAUGUCUAACAAAAUCAGCCAAACAUGUUUAUAUUCUAACUUUAGAGUGUCCUGUAAUGCUGUGCUGUAAACUGCAGGAGGUCUUGUAACUUGUAUGUAUGUUACUCAGAGAAUGUGCACGUUCGAUUGCCUAUGUUUUUAUACGGUGCACGAGGUUCUGCAAGA